GAGAGGAAAAAGAGGAGGGACAGAAAAAGAAGCAGUGUGUUUAUGGAGGAAUGUGACAGAGUUCAGUGUAAGGGAGCUGGGAUGGCCUUAUCGCACCAGAUCGGGUGGUAAAGAGGGAUCCAGAGAAGAAAAACAGUUUGUAAACUUGAAAAUUCCUUUUCUUUUUUGGUGGUUUGUCCAUAGUUUGCAAGAUUUGGGCGACAGCAGUGGCAGCCAGUGCUGGCAAAGUCUAAUUAAGGCACAGAGACAUACACAUCCCGUCAGGACUGAGCAGAUGAAUCUGAAGAGGCUUUGUUAGAGAUGGAUGCUUAGUUUGGCCUGGCAAUGAAUCCACUGACAGAACUCAUCUGGUGUCAGGAGACAUGUCUGCCAAUAACUCCUUUGUAACUUGACCAUCUGGACUUCAGCCUGCCCUCCCGUGGGCUUGGGGGAUCAUGGGUAGUGUCAGUAGUUUCAUAAAUGGGAACAGCCUGAACAGCAAACACUGCAAGGCAACGGACUACAGAUUAAAAGAGGGAUCAGGCCACCACAGAAAAAGUGGUGGUUGCAGUCUUGAUAGUUUGCUAAAGUGCGGAUUUUCUCAGAGCUCCUCUUCAUCCAAUCAUCACUCUAAAAGCCUGUCUCACUCCAGGUCAGGACGAAGUGAGGAUUUCUUUUACAUCAAGGUUAGCAAUAGACCAAAGCCUGUUUACCACAAAGAAAGAGCAAUGGAAGAAAGAGUAGCCAAAGAUGGGGAAUCAGGCCGACGACAGCAACCAAAACUGCUGCUCAUGCCAGGAAAUAUGGCGGAGAGGCCCUCUGGUAAAAAGUCGCCGGCCUAUUCCACUGCCUUUUCAUCUGUGAAUCCCACUGGAGCAUCCUGCAAAGAGGCGGGCCACAACAGCCUGGAUCAUAUCCUUUGUCCUUUGAGGAAAGCAAGCAGUUCAAAUGUUGGGAACAAGCAAGAAACCUUAGGGACCCUUUCUGACUCCGGACGGAACUCCAUGUCUAGCCUCCCCACACAAAGCACAAGUAGCAGUCUAAGGGUCUCCACAGGCACCGUAGGUCAUGGUAAUAGCACUUCAGCUGUCGGAAACAGCCUCAGGAAAGGACAGCAAUCCAAUUUCUCUCAAUGGAACAAUGGAAAUAAUGCUAACUAUGACUACUACAAGGCUGGUUUGAACAGCAGCAUGUUGGUCUUCAAGGAAAGUGUGGAUGCUGGUUCCCCGCUACAUACAAAUGAGACAAGCACUCUCCCUGAAGCUGCGGGGGGGAUUAGAUCUCCUAUAACUACAGACGAAUCACUGAUUGGGCAUCUGGAACAAAGACUUCUAGAGAAAGAAACAGAGUUGCAAGAACUACAGGUAAGUUUUGAGGAGAAGGAGACACACACCUGCCAACUGUUUGAGGAAAGACAACUGCAUUGUGUUGAAGAGAUGGAAGGACUGAAGCAGCAAUGCUCUGCUAAGUUGAGACAAGCAUCCCAAAAUUUGGAAAAAUCCCAUCAGGCACUGCAGCUGCAAGUCUGCCAGCUUCAGGCUGACAACAAGAAACUUCAGGAAGAGAUCUCAAAGCUGACCCAAGACAAGGAGCUUGUUGAGCUCAGGCUGAGGUCCUAUGAAAAGGAGAACACCCGGCUUGCACCCACACUUGAGGAAACACAGUGGGAGGUUUGUCAAAAGUCAGGAGAGAUCUCAUUACUGAAGCAGCAGCUAAGAGAGUGCCAAACAGAUGUCAGUCACAAGCUGAAUGAGAUUGUUGGCCUGAGAGCAGCACUAAAGGAAAGCACUGCACGGAUGGAGGAGUUAGACAAGCUGAAAAAAGACCAUGAGGGGAGGCUGUACUCCUGCACCAGAGAACUUGAGGUGUCCCAGAAUGAACUCCAGCGCAAAAAAAAUGAAGCUGAUUGUUUGCGGGAGAAAGUGAUUCAACUAGAAAAAGACAUAGAAGGAAUGAAAGAGGAGCUCGUUGUAGACCCCGAAUCUCAUAACCAGAAGAACAGUGUUGAGUUUCUGGUUCAUUCUGAAAGUCAAGACACAGAAAGAGCAAUCCCAGCUUCAGAUUUCUCCAUCCAGAAACAGGAAGUGGAACCCAAGGAGCCCAUCCCCACUGAAACACUCCAAAAGGAAGUGGAUAGACUGAGGCAGCAGCUUAAUGAGGAAAAGGCUGCUCAAAAGAGACAGGCCAGCAGCUUUGAGCAUGAGAGACAGACAUGGAACAAGGAGAAGGACAAAGUCAUUAAAUAUCAGAAGCAGCUACAAAUCAACUACCUGCACAUGCACAAAAAGAACCAAAACCUGGAGAGGAGGCUGAAGGAGCUGACAGCUGAGCUGGAAAGCAGAACAGAACUGGGCAUCUGUUACGGCUCAGGACUGCAAACCUACGAUGAUGUUAUUGCCACAGAGAUUUGAACAAGGCGGUCUCCCUGCUCUCCACUUUCUGUUAAAGGGAUUUCAGCUUGUUUACAACAUGCAAAAGCCCAGCAGCAGUUGUGUGACUGACACAUUGGGUUUCACUUUAGCUAUUUAUUAGAGUGUGUAUAACCUUUCCAACCUUUUCAUUAAAUUAUUUAAUGUUCAAUUGCUUAAUUUUUUGUUAAGAUGUGAUUUUAACAGGAGCAACUACGGUAAUGUCUAAAUUCUGCUGGUUCAAACACUCUGUUGUUGGAGGUCGGACAAACAUGCAUUAAUGUCAGGAUUAUUGCCUGAUAGUAAGACAAAGCAUGAUGGUUGCUCAGCAUCUCUUCCAGCAUGACAAAAUGACAUUGUCAGCAAAUUGUUCAUUUUUAUCAAUGGAAUUCUGUUCUCUAUUCUGUUUAAUCUUAGAGGGUUUGGGCAUGGAAAUACCUUUUUUUAUAAAAUAAGGCUUUUUUUUAAUAAAAUGCAUUAAGGUUUUGCGAUAUCAUUGUAAAACUGUAAUACACUUCAUAAUACAUGUUCAAAAUCCACAAAAAUGCAAACAGAUGACUCUGUUAUUAAGAUAUUGCCAUGUAAGUGCCAUUAAAAAUUUGUAUGUGAAAAUUUUUAUUCACUUGCAGGAAAACCAUCACUCCAAUUAUGGUGUAUGUUUAUGCAAGUGGUCAUUGUUGCAAUUUCUGGAAGCAGGAAAUCAAAACAUUGAUCAACCUAACACUUUGUUAACCAAACUUCAACUGACCAAUUAAACUUCAUCGAGCUUUCAA